UGAAGCACCUCCGCAUACGUGUCGACGAGGGUCUAAAUCUACCUACGGCGGGAAAAACAUUGAAAUCGGCGUGUGUGUUGGAAAGUAUACCUCGUAAAGGAUCACUAACCAGUAGUCUGGCUUUUGCAACAGGGGGCGAUUCUUUCGUUCUUGUGGUACCUUCGACUUAGUUUUGUGUGCAUAAUUAAUUUAGAGAGAGCCGUCAAACACCUGUUUUUAUAGUGUUCUUCGUACUUAAUGGUCUCAUUGGAGUGACUUUCUAACUUAGAUUAAAAUGAAAGGUUCACCCUUCUGGAGAGAAGUUCUGACACUGUUGUUGGUAUGGAGUGGAGUGCUUCAAGACAUUUAUUGUGGUGGAUGUUCGCAAGAGGGAACCACCUUCGUUAGAACCUCGUCUGUCAUGCUAUUAGCAAAUAUCUAUACGAGUUCUGAUGACUACAUAGCUCUCGCCCAGACUGACCCCAGCCAGUGCUACAACUUAUGUUACAACAAUAAAGAUUGUAAAGCUUACUUUUUGGAUCACGUCAAUCAAACCUGUAUACUGACCAAAGAAGAUCACUCGAUAAUCAGGCCACAACUUAAAUCACACCCAGCUGGGAGUUAUCAUAGAAAAAUCUGCCUAUCAGGUUUCAGCUGUAAACAACACUGGGCUUUCGACGUUGUUCCCGGAAUUCGAUUGGUUGAACAAGAGGACAAAGUCGUGCCCGACAUCGGGAAUGAAGACCGUUGUAUAAAAGCAUGUUCGAUCGAAAAGAGUUUUGUUUGUCGUUCUGCAAUCUACGACUUCUCUACUAACGACUGUGUUCUUAGUAUGCACGACCGUCGAGCGGCGCCUGAAGCUUUUAAAAUGUUCUCAGAAGAAGUGGAUUAUCUAGAAAAUCAGUGCGUUUCAGAACCGAGUCAGUGCAUUUUUUAUCAACAAAAUGGAAGAAUGUUAGCCCACGUGCACGUUCACUUGUCCCUCACAUCUAUUACCAGUGAGCGUUGUCAAGAAGCCUGUCUUAAUCACAGUGAUUUUCGCUGUAGGUCUUUCAUGUUCGACCAAGCUCGUGCUUUGUGCCUUUUAACACCGGAAGAUUCUUAUUCCGCACCAGAGGACGCUCUAAACAUACAGAGAGAAGAAAAUGGAAAUGUUUAUGAACUUGGCUCAUGCAUUGAUA